AUGGACCUCAAGAGCCUGGUGAGCUCGUUCGCUGCACAAAGUGAUGACGUAGCUCGAAUUCAACGUAACGUAACGAAUUCUUCCAACUCUUCGUCGGCCUGUUCAUCGUCUACCUCCCUUUCAUCGUCACCUUCCUGCUCGUCGACGAAGCUGGUCCCUUCCUCUCUGGACCAUUCGUCGGACGAUGAGCACGCGCUUGCAUCGACACACUCCAGCACGGAGCUGGUCGGACCGAACGGUCCCACCCACCAUCCGGAAACGCCCGCCACCGCGCCCGUCGACUAUCACGCCGUGUUUCAGGAAGCGAUCGGUCGACAAUGUCUCUGUACGAUCGAUUCCAGCACGCUGCUAAUGUCGUUUCAGGCGCAUCGUGCUAACAACACGGUCCAGCAUCCGGAUGGUGUCACGUCGGACACUGCCGCCCCACUCGCCGAGUGGCCGUUUGAGCAUCUGCUCAAGUUUCUCUCGAACGUGCAGCUGCUGUUCGACACCUAUCUGAAGCAAAACAUUAAGGGCAACAUCUGCGCGGGCGUGAUGGAGCUCUGCAACUAUCUGAUCCGCAGCGAGGACCACCCGCAUCUGGCCCACCCGCAUCUGCGGCUGUACCGCACGAGCAGUCCGGCGUUUGCGGCCGCCUUCCCAGCGCUCGACAUCGACGAGCUGAUCGGGCUGUGCAGCUGCAGCAGCAAGUACGUGAGCUACCUGGCCGGCCGCAUACUGUCCUCGUUUCUGAUCAUCGUCAAGGACGACCCGGACGACGACCGGUGGCUGGAAAAAAUCGUGGCGAACCUGUUCGACUUUGGGCAGCUGGAUCUGCACGCGGUGCGCAAGAUUAGCGCGAGCCUGGAGGUGAUCAAGCGCAUCGUCGAGUGGAAGGACGAAACCGAGCAUCCGCUCGAGGAGGAAGCGGCCGGUGGUGGUGGUGUUGCUGCGGGUGGAGCAACUGCCGGCGAAUGGUCCUCCUCCCCUGGUGGUGCUGUUGGUGGAUCGAGUGGACCGGCAGCUAGCAGUGCGGGACAAAUGUUCGGUGCACCCUCACUGGCGGACAAUUACUUCGCAACGCACUACGCAUCGUCGCAGUACGAUGGUGCGGCGGCAGCGGCCAGCAUUUUCCAUCCACCAGGCGGCGAGUCGUCGGGCGGUUCGUCCUCGACUGGCUCCGCAUCCACUUCGAUCAUCCCGCCCGCGUCCAAAGCGAACGAACCGCCGGCAGCAGCAUCUAGUCACAGUACGCACAGUACUACGAAUCAUCACCUUCACCACCACCACCACCAUCACCGCACCUGCCGCUACAUCACACUGACCGACUCGGAAAGCUUCGACACGACGCGCAUCAAGUUCGAGACGAUCAACAUCCUCGGCGGCAAAUGGUCCGCCCUGGUGAAGCACAUCAGCUCGCUCACCCGGGCGCAGGCGAACAGCUCCAACCCGGCCGUCAUGGUGGCGACCGAAACCUGCAUCCUUACCUUUCUGCGCCUGUGGGAAAGUAUUAUCAGCGUGAAGGCGAACCUGUCCGUGGUGGAGACGCAACCGUUUCACUCGCAGCUCGACAACUUCCAGCUGCUGCUGCUCGUUACCAAGAAUGCGGUAAUCUAUCGCCAGAUGCUGACGCUGUUCAACGAGGCACUGUGCUACGGCAGCACGCUCGCGCUGCAGGACCUCAUCCCGGAGGAGGUGGGCAGCCUGGCGCACAACAUCGUGCGCUCGGUCAAGGACUACCGGAUACUGGACAAGAUGCCGAAAUCGUCGUACAGCAACCAUCUCGGCUUUCUCGGGUAUCAGGGCGAGAUGGUGCGGUAUCAGGACCGGCGGUUAGCCCGGCUGCACGAUGGCGGGACGGCCGGUGUCGGCAGUGCGUCGGUGGCAGCGCCUGAAACGUGCUACGAUCGGACACUGCUGCAGAAGAUGGCCCUGCUGGUGCUGAAGGCUGUCGCGGUGAUCGUGAAGGAGAUACGGUGCGACUCGAGCGACUCAAGCGUGGACAGCAGCGACUUUGACAUGCAGGAGAUACAGAUGAUCGAGCGCAGCAUCCGCGAUGUGGUGAAGAAGCUGGAAACGUUCCUGAAGGCGCAGCUCGAGUUCCACCCGGAGAGCCACUUCAGCAAGGUGUUGAUCCACCUGUUCGACGACCAGGACGACUAUCUGGUGGAGGCGAUGGUGUGCACGCUGGACGUGACAUCGGGCAUCUCCUUCCGGAACAACGCGUUCCCGGAGCUGAUCGCGAUGCUCAACCCGGUGUACACGUUCAUCGAGUUCAGCAAUCUCGGGCCGAACAUAACGCACCUCUUUCUCGAUCUGCUGAUCAGCCCGGAGACGUGCUUUCUGCUGUUUCUGCUGCGCUUCCUCAAGUACAUACGGCAAAACUGGGCAAUGUUUACGCAGAGCUGCUACAACUACUACCGGCACAACAGUUACAGUAAUGCGGCCACGCUGCUGCAGCAUCGAUUACGUGCUGCUAGUGGGAGCCUCGGUGGUGGUGGUGGCAGCGAUAGCAAUGUAGGAGCACCGGUCGGUGAUCAUAGUGGCGCGGUGGCGGGUGCUGCUGGCUCGAACGCGAACGUCAUACUGGACAGUGUGAUGACCGUGUUGAUCAGCCUGCGGCUACAGAUCAGCCGGCUGGUGGCGGACACGCUGUUCCCGUACAAUAUUACUCCCAUUUUGAGAUUGAUAGAAAACUGCGAAAGUCUGUACGAGGGCAACGAGCUAAGUUGAAGCGGAAAAGCUGCAGUUGGAUUGAAUUGUAGAUACACAUAGGGAUGCGAAACGAAUGGGGCGGGGCACGAUCCCUUCCCUCCUUAGCAGUAAUGUAACAAAAGUACAACCUUUUAGAAAGCGUAUUUGAAAUGUGCGUGCCUUUACCCUUGAUAAGUGCUCUCUUAACGUAUCCAAAAUCCAGGCCCUUCGUUGUUCUCUCUUGGCGGCAACAGCUGGAGUAGGCGGCUGACAAAUGCAUUCCACUUAGUACGGUCAUGUUUUGUUUCCAUUUAAUGUAUUAGCCGUUUAGUAAUUUGUGGGGACUGAUUUUGUACAGUGGUUUUUGAUUUUGUGUCGCGGCGACAAUGAGGGUUCAUAUUCAAAAACUAAAAAAAACCCUGAUAUUGUGGUGUACAUAAGCUGUGUAGAUAAGCGGUCUAACUUGUAUGUGCAAGUGUCUUCCAUAACCCCAGUUCCCAGUUACAAGUUCGGGAUUUGCUUUUUUAUUUAGUGUGACGCAAAUGAGACACCUCGCGCACUAUCCUUCGCAACGGUGGAGACAACUAUUCCACCACGACGGAACGUGAGUGCUCCGCUUCAUUAAGGUGCUGUCGAAACUUGCUAAUCUUGCCACGAGUUGAUGGUAUGUCCAUUCCAAAAGGCCGCACACUCGGCGCGCCACUGUACAAAUGUCCAAUUUCCCCAAAAGUAAAAGUAGAAGCGGCACAAGUAAGCCUGCUAACCCAAUUGUACCUCCUCCCCCACCCCCAAUCUUAGGCUAGAUAAGGUCACACAAUGAAUUGUGUAAACUUUGAAGUAGAAAUUUUUAGCUUAAUUUAUAUGUGCUAUAUAUAUGUAUCUAAAAUUAUACAACGUGCGCUAGGCGAGUGUCGCACAGCAAAGUGCCUUGUUUUAUUGAAAUGACUUCAAAUGGCGCGCGGCCACCACUAGUACUAAUCACCAUGGAGAGUGGGUUGUUGGUAGUGAAACACACCUCGUGCGUACGUUUAAUUUAAUUUAUCAUUCAGAAGGGAAGGACUUUCACGUUCGUGUGCUUUACAAGUAAAGAAGGGUGAACGAAGCGCAGAAAGUGUAAACAGGGGAGCAAGCAGGCAGGAGGAGGUGCCCGUACUCACACAUAUCGUCGUAUCGAACGCGGCUGACCGCCGCGUUCACAAUAGAUUGUAAUAAACUAUUUAAAUGAUUUUUA